AUGGUGAUGCCAAUGGGUGUAGUUCAGCAGAAUCAGCACGGGAAUGGAUUUCCAUCGUCAGCCCUGAAUCCGAACGCUCCGAUGUUCGUACCGGCCUCGUAUCGUAACGUUGAGGACUUCUCCGACCAGUGGUGGUCGCUCGUUCGGUCCUCCCCUUGGUUUCGUGAUUACUGGCUUCGUGAGUGCUUCUCCGAAUCACAAUUUGAUUUUCAUUGUUCCGAUAACUUCGAUGCGUUCUUCCCUAACGAAGAUUCGCUCCCUGACGUCGACUGUAAGAUCCGUGGAACUGAAGAUGAACAGAGAGAGGUUCGAAAGGAUUUGAUUUUGUCGAGGGUUUCGAACUGGCGUAAGGCACGCGCUAUAGAGUCGCCGAGGAACUACGAGAAGGCGCCGAAGAUUGUGAAUGUGAAAGUGAAUCCGAGGCCGAUUCAUCAACCGCGAUAGAUCAUCGAGUCACAUACCGAUUUAACGGCAGACCGAGUCAGAUUUCUAGUGUACGUCUCUUUAGUUGUUCUGUAAACCGAUUGUAAAUACCAAUAAAAAUGAAUAGAUUCAAGAGGCCGUUAAGAGUAUCAUUUAUUGUGUGAAACCAAAACCAUAACAACUAGGGUUCAUAUUUCGACGGAUGUUUGCAAGAAUCUGUCUUUAAAAAGAUGUAUUAAAAGGAACUGAGUCCUCAUUCUCAGUCAUCAGUCGAGAAAGCCAAACUAUAAAAACAUGGAAAACAAUUGUUAUAAAUCCUGGU